GUUCAAUUUAACUUGUUAUUGCCAAAUAAAUUGCUGAACAUCAAAAAUGGCGGAUUUUCGGUUGGCGAGGUCCAUCAGGCGAAAAAACAAAUCCUAUUUUCUCAGGGACAACGACUUAAUGCGUGGUUACUUUUUUGCAACGACUGCGAAGUUGAAGCGAAAGCUUACUCAGCCAAAAUGGUUCUCGUCGGAAUUUCCAUUACCUGUAAGGAGAAACAAAAUGUCUGCAGCUACGUCCAACGAUGGAAGGGAGACAAUCGAAGAGGCAUGGCAACUUGUACAAGAGGCAAAGAAUAAAGUCAUCUUUGAUCCAAACCACCGUGACGCAGUCCUUGUUGUGGGCAAUACAGGUACUGGCAAGAGUACGCUGGUUCAAUUCAUUGCUGGUGACAUGUCAAAGAUGUGGGCCGUGGAGUAUCCUGAAUAUUCCGGAAAUAUAAUCAUUCAAGAUGAAGACGGGAAAAUCAGCAGGCCUGGAGAAGAGUCUACAUCGAAGACGCUCUAUCCUGAACUGGUGGUGAGCACGAAAAAGGAUAUCGCAUUCUAUGACUGUCCCGGAUUCAAAGACUCCAGAGGAACUGCCGUCGAUUUGGCUGGUGCCUACAUGACCAAGAUGGUCUUCGAAAACUUAGAAAAUAUCAAAGUUCACAUUACCGUCGAGUGGGAGACAGCAAUUGGACAGAAUGGACGUGGAAUCCCAUUUAUUGAAGCAAUUGAGCGCGUUGGAGAAUUCAUUCGUGAUGCAGAAAAGUUCAAAGACGGACUUUCAAUGGUAGCCACUAAAGUUCCGAAAGUGACGCGAAAAGAUGAUUCGGGAAAUAUCCAAGUUGUACCGGACGAGAUGCUAAUUAAAUCUGUCGGUGAUUUUAUUGUCAAGAACAUGAUUCCUGACGUUAAGAAGAAAAUCGAAGCCGAAAAGAAUGGAAAGAGGAAGAAAAUUCUGGAGAAUGCGCUCGUCAUUUUCACGGCUCUGAGCAAACCCACAAACGGUAAGUACAGUCGCAUUUCACUGUUCCGCAAACCUGAAGAAUCGGGCCAUCUGGACCAGUCGCCGUUGAUGCAGAAAAGCCAUGACGGUAUCGUGAACGCAAUAAAAACGGAAACUAGUUUCAUGGCGGUUUCAACGGACGACUUUGGCAUGAGCAUCGCCGACAAGACAAAACUGGAGAUGAGGGACAUUUCGGACGAACUUAACAAUAACAUUUUAAUCAAAAUGAAAGAAAUUGGCGAGUUGAUAAACGCCGAUGUCGAUAAACGUGUGCGUAAGUCCGUAGAUUGGGUGGAUUUGAUUGCUUCCCUAACUGAGAUUCUAGAAGUUGUCACCGAUAAUUCAGAAAGACUGAAAAAACUGGACAAAUUCAUAACCGACUUUGUCGAUUCCAUGCAGUCCGAUCUUGCAGCUGUUGACAUUGCAAUCUCUGCAGCCAAGUUUCAGGCUGUGGAAGACGACAUCUCCUAUCUUGACUUUGUAGAAGCCAUGCUAGAAGAAGACGUGGGCACAGUUCCAUAUACAGCUCUUGAUGAUUCAGUUACUCUAAUCACCAACUAUGUGGCUUGGUACAAAAUACUGUACACAUUUUUGGAAGCUCUGAGCGCCGACUACAUCCAAGAAGACACAACCAUGUACAAUGUAGCCAACUUGGACGACUGGGGUCAGAGUGGUAAACCUCAAGGGCUUCGCGUUUCGACACAAACGUUUGAAAGGUUUGCGAAACUACUUAAAAUUGAAACCACUGCGAUCAGUGGGCUCAAACUGAACGAGGAGAGAAUGAAUGAACUCAAUUCCGUUGUAAAGCUCACGCUGGCUACUACCGCAAAUAUCGUGGUUGAGUCUGAUGGAACUCUUCUAGCUCAAGGUCCCUUCGUCCGACUGUCGAAGGUGUUAGAAGAGUACAAGAAGAAUGAACGAAACGUCAAGGCUUUUAACGUUAAUGCGUCUUGUGCUGUUUACAUCGAUACGCCCGACUUUACAGCUCCAGGAUGUCAUAUGGCUAUCGCCGCUCCCCAAUCGCAUAUUGUGGGAGCCCCGUCAAUACAUCUGGAUGGGAAAGAUGGGAAAAGUGAAUUGAGUCCAGCAGAACCUGGAAAAGGUGAAACACCUGGCGAGAACGGCGUUCCUGGUGGUGCGGGUGAGCCUGCUGGACAUUUUAUUGGUGUUGCCCACGAAGUUCACAAUGCGAAGUACCUUACAAUUUCGGCAAUUGGCGGUAACGGUGGGAAAGGUCAGGAUGGUGGAAAAGGUGGAAAAGGAUCUAAAGGAUAUGACGCUAGAAAGCCAACAGACAAAUGGCAAAAUAGGCCGGACGGUAAGGAAGGUGUAGAUUGGAAGCAGGUAGACAAGAAGAAAACGAUGGGACCUGGAUAUGUCAUAUGGGAAACGUUUUAUGACAUCUUUAACUCAAAAGCAGCAACCAACGGAAUGCGUGGAGGUGAUGGAGGCAUUGGUGGACUGGGUGGGAUGGGCGGAAGCGUUAUUUUAUCCAUUUUUGAGGGCAAUAAUAGUUCUGCCACCGUCCGAGAUUCUGACGGUGAUAUUGGACCUAAUGGAGCUGGUGGUAAGGGCGGUGCUGGAGAAAAACACGGAAACAAUUUGAAUGCUAAACAUUCUUCUAGUCUAAAUGUUGAGACAUCGGAUAGCGACUGGACAAUUAUUAAAUGGUACGACGAAGGUUACUCCAACCCUGGAUCCGAAGGUAGAACUGGUGGAAAUGACAAACCUGAUCGGAAACUCAAACCUCAGCUACCAGUAUCUGAAAUGGCUAAAUUUCUAAUCGACUUCAAAGGAUACAUUCUUGGAAUGGCUGCCAAGACGCCGUUGCUACGGCAUUUCCUUGAGCAGUUUCUCCGAGAGAUGAAUGAAAGGAGCGACGCGCGGCUACUACGACGUUCCUUGGAACAAGACUUUUUCGUAUGUAUGAAAGAAACGAGUGACCUAAACCAAUUGUACGACACUUCAGCCCUUCUGUACGAAAUGAACACUUUAGAGUCCCUAUUCUACGGCAUCCACAAUCGCAUUAACAUGGCUCCCUACUACCAAGCAUUGUUGAACCGUGUUCGAAAAUACGCCGAUGAACAUAAGAAUGAAACGAAACGAGUUGAAAAGCUCGCCCUCGGCACCAUUUAUUCCUCCUGUCUCAGUAAACUGUGCUCGCUUCAGCUAGAGUACAAGGCGCAAACUUUCAUAAUUGACUUAGCCCCGUACAUUGAUAUCACACUAAGGCGAGUCAACGAAAUCAAGGAAAUGGACCGGAGAGUGGCUAUCAAAGAUUUCCAAAAGUCUUACAAUCAGGCGAUAACACUCAAGGUGAAUGAGGCUAACGAAUUGAUUGCAUCGAAAGUAAAUCCCGGAAUCGAUAAAUCCAUGAGAGGAAUGGACGACGCUCUGGAAACUUUGGUCAACGAAACAUUGAAGAAACUGGAAGAAGUAGAGGCGACUGUUGAGGAACUCAAGGCGCUUCGGGCUCAAAUGGAGAUGAAUGUUUUCAUUCACGGAUUCCUCAACCUGUUGAAUCUUGGUGGCAUCAUUGCUAGUUUUUGCGGUCCGAUUGGAGCCGCCGUUGGUACUGUGGUUACGGCAGGAACAACAAUUGUCGACUCUUUAGUGGUCGACCCAGAUAUGCCAGCUGGUUCGGCUAUUUUACUGCCUGAAGGAUUAGAAACAUCGAUUAAUGGACUUGGCAAUCUGGUCGUUAGCAUUCGUGACAGAAAAAUUGAAGAGCUGGAUGCUCAACUGACUUCGACCGAGAAGGAAAUUGCGGUAAAUAGUGCAACUGAAAAAGAGAACUUGAAGGAUUUGGAUGUCAAAGUGCAGGAACUGCAGAAGAAAUUGGAUGUUGAGAAAGUUAACAGUGCUCUUGAAGACAAUGAACAGAACAUUGCCGCCCAGACUGAACGAAUCGAUGCGAUUCAGAUAGACCUCAAAGACACGAUCGACAAGAAGGAGACCAAGCUCGAAGAAGAGAUUGCUGCUGGCAAGACGGAUAAAAAGAAUGUGCUUGACAUCGUGAAGAAAAUUAAAAAUGGGGUGAAGCUAGUUUCGGCCUCGUUUGAAACGUUUGACAAAUUCAAGGAUGACCAGAAAAAGUUGGACGCCAUAUCGGAAGCUCUGCGGGAGGCUGACGAGGCUAUUAUGGCUCUGCAUGAUUACGAACGAAUCAUUUACACCACUCUCUUCCCGAUGGUUAGAAACAUGAGAGAUGACAUGCACGAAGUUAUGAAUUCCCUAUCGGGCAAAUCUCAGGUGGCCCUAGAUGUGACUAAAUGGGAGGUUCAGUCGACUCUGAAUGGAAUCAAAACCACGCUCGAAAUGGCCAUGGAAGGAUUCGACGCACAAUCUGAACUGACAAGUUGCUUUGACCAACUCUCCGAGGCGCUAUCGCUUCUCAUCCACAUCUACGAUCGGCUCGAAAAUUACCAUGACCAGCAGGCGCUGGGCGACUACAUCGCUAAUAUUGGCGCCGCGGGAGACUACGAAGAUCUGCUGCGUGGGACCAGCUAUGAGCAAGGUGUGCGACAGCUCGACAUGACCAUUCAAUCGAAUCUGGUUCUUCUCGAGUACGAGAAUUCAAUGAAUGCUUUCAAGCAAUGGGUGUUCCCAUUCGCUCGAUCUUACUUAGAGGCGAGCACAUUGCCGGAAUCACUGAAACCAGUUCAAGAUGAGGACAGUCUGAGGGAAAUGGUUGUCGUUGCCAGUAAACAAUUGAAGCAAAUCAAGGACCACAUCACGCAAUACUGGGCGACGAUUCCAGCCAACGAAAAGUUUUUCUUCACUGCCAAAUUCUAUUCGAACGAGAAAUUGGGCGGGCCUUUCUAUAUAUGGACGAAGGAGCACCAUAAGAAGGAAAUCGAGGCCCUGUUUAAAGGAGACGAGAUUACUCUGUUAGCGGAUGUGCGAAAGAGUGAACCAUUUGUGACAAGCAGAAGAGCAAUCAAGUUUGCACUCAUCUACUUAAGAUUUCUGCUGGACAGCAGUGAUGAGGCGCGCAAGGCAAAGUUCGAAGACGUUCUGGAGUACUUCGUGGUCAAUAUGGUUUACACUGGCGUCAACUACUACGAAUUCCAAGAUCAGAUUUACGUUAUCAAUGGUGUGCCCAUUACGCUCAGCUAUGGAAUCAAACGGGACAGCAAAGGAGAACCGGAAAUUAUCUCUACCAGCAGGGAUAAGCUGCUCAAUGGAGAUUUAUUGUUGAGUCCGUUCGGCCUCUGGACAGUAAAGCUAACCGCGGAUAGAAAGGAGGCCUUCCAGCUAAUUAAAGAGUUUGUGGGCGAUGUGUCGCUCGAAUUGGCAGGAAAAGGGAAAUACAUUUACGAUCCAAAGGAUGAGUUGGCAGCGCUUGACCUUCGCCCUCAAGAUUACUACCAAGUAGAUGGAGGACUCAAGGACUGGCGUAGAUUCAGUGCGACGACCUAAUUAGAAAAGUAUGCAGCUACCUAUUCGCAGUCACAUUAUAAUUGAAAAUCGUUUAGAAUUUAUAAUUAGCUUUUCCUAGUUUUCAGUAAUAGCUCCAUUUAUUCCAUUUCCAUUUAUUCGAUGAAUCACAGAAGUGCAUCAUAUCUCGAUAGUCGGCAGCAACACAUUCAUUUUAAUUUUCGAACUUAUUUUAAUUAAUUUUUUAAUGAAAUAUAACCGUACAUUACAA